AUGACUGGCCUAUAUGCCGAUUCUGGGCACAGGGACGUGUUGAGGAUAAAGGAGCGACAGAUACUGCUGAGAGCACUGACGAUGAGCGUCUGUCUCCAUGUUUUCUCAUGGAUACACACGGUCAGGUUGCACAACAAACUCGAGGUCCAAGUCGUCAGAACAGGCUUUGCAGAGGAAGUGCUUCUACUCUACCUUACGCCCCGGAAGAGAGUAUGGAUGAAACUAGUUCUGGAUGUUGAAGAGAACGUGAGCAGUUGUGUGUCACUGCAUAUCGCUGUGCUGCAUGGUUGGACUGUGUCCGUGGAAUCAUUUCAGAGAAAGAAGUUCUUCGCGGAUGGAAUCUACCCCACCGGUGCCACCUUGGAAGUGACGGCCCCACAUCUCUACAUCCCGAUGACGGUGCCGAUCAUCGGUAAGAAUUGGAGGAUUCUUACUAGGCCCUUUGUGGACAAGCCAAUAGUAGCCGGUAUCUCACAGGCAUGCAAAAAAUUCGAGGAACGCGAAGUCUGUCAUCGCUUAUCGCCUUUCGCGUCGUCCUUGUCGUGUAUCGUCCUGUCGCAUUCUCUUCCUACCCGCAUCUCAGAGUCUUUACUCCCCACUCACGCUCACUGCCUCCCCGGCGUUCGCUUUGACCGGCUAAAGAAACUUCAUCAAGGGGCUCGUCGGCAGAACAAACUUGAUAACGGGCGGCGACUGGGCGUUCAGUCAUUGCCGCAAGCCACUUCGCAGUUCGGCGCAGGUCGGUCAUCGCACAAAAAUCGAGCCAUGCUACAACCUCACGCCCCUGGAACCAGGAGUUCGAAGCGUGGAAGAUCUGUGCGAUCCAGCGACUCUCAGUUCAUUGCGUCUGUGAUUCGAGAGCAAGAAGUGGAUUCACGAUUUCCACUGAACCAAACGAAGUUCCUGAUCAACGGUAAGCUCUAUCCUUACAGCGAGGUGGCGCGUCGCAUUCGCAGAGCAAAACAACCGGUAACCCAUUGGUCGGACGAAUUUGAAAAGGCGCCCGCACAGCCUGAUCAUGUUCAAAUUGUAUCUUCCCCAACAUCGGACAUGAGCGAGUACAAUCUUAUGUCACCCACUGGCCAUAUCAAGAGUUGUCCGAGGGAGCAUCAACCAGAACGGCGGUCGAGUGUGUCCGGAAUACAAGCUCGCUGGGCGGAGCUUAUGGAACGCUCGAUUCAGAACUGCUUCCUGGACUUGGUCACUUCCGAGGAGAACGCGACAAUCUCUCCUACACUAUCCUACCCUGACGAGCAACUGGUACCGGCGAAGUUCUACUUUAAUAUUUUCAAAUACUUUAGGGGGGCUCACGACAACGGCCAAUUCGUCAGAAACGAAGUAGGUGAUCUGGUCAGUCAUGCUUCUGCCAAGAGCUCUGCAAACGUCAAAAACUUCUACAAAUGCUGCAUCACCGCCAUCGACCUUAUAGAACGAGGCUACCCUACUCAAGGAUUCGCCUUGGUUUCAGAAGCUCUAUGGCUGAUAGAGGAACUACUGGAACAGCGAGACCCAAAGCUGAUAGACACCAUUUGCGACGUGUCUGUAAUCCUCCUUACGAAAGGAUGGGACCAGGUGUAUGACAUAUUGAAUGCUAGGAUUUGCGGUAUGGUCGAGAUUAGUGCCUUGCGCAAGGGAGAAGAGUCUCAUCCGUGGUCGCAGAUCUUUGCCUGCUGGCGGAAGCUACCCACAUCGCAAGCACUCGAAUUUAUGCGUCGAGGUUGGCGGUGUGGCUACGAUCAAUUUGAGGGUAUCUCUUCUGGAUUGGCAUGGGAGGGACUCAACAUGUCCAGCACCUCGAGUCACUCGUUGCGCAUGGGAGACCACACUGCGCGACUCCACCAGGAAAUAAUGUCUGCUUGGUUUUCUGUGCCGGAUCCUUCUGCAUUGAGCAGUAUGCGACAGCAGUUUGCUUGUGGCAACGUCCUCUUCGACGAGAAAAACUACCGCGAAGCUUUGGGAACCAUGGAGUCUAUCGUCUCAAGAUGUGCCACCGCGAGAGAGAAAGGCGACCAGAUGUGGGUAGCAAUGGAGAUUGAGGCGCUCGAAGUGGCGGCACGAUCCAGUUACGCUAUCAGCACCAAGCCGGGCAAAUUGAAUGAUGUCGCUCCAGCGAUUGCACUGCUUGAGACUGCCAUCCUGCGAAGUGAGAGUGUAUGGGGUACCGGAUCCGCCACGACGAUAGCCCUGCAACAUACCUUGUGGUUGUGGCUGUUAGACGAUGACCAACAUGACGAAGCCGACCACUUGCGAAAGCUCAUGGAUGCUGUUGUGAUCAAGUCUGAGCCUGAGCCCUGUGAUUCUCCCCAAAUCGGAUACUCCUGGGCCACGGUCUAA